CAUCCAGGUUUCAGAGGAUGGUAUGUUGUCUUGUAAGCUAAUUUAGCAUGGCUUUAAAUACAGGUCCCUGGAUUUCGUCCGGGAAAGAAAGUUCCAGAAGACAUUCUUAUUGGUUAUGUUGGGAGACAAAAUGUCCAGAAGGCUACUAUUGAAUCUAUUUUAAGAAGGACACUUUCACAUGCUAUGACAUUGGUUACUGGGAGGGCUUUGCAGGACUCACUACACAUAGUUACUAAGUUUUCUGAGAUGGAGGAGACAUAUUCUUCUCUUGGGUCUCUUAGAUAUGAUGUGAUUGUUGAUGUUGCACCAGAAAUCAAAUGGAUUCCUGAUAAUAAUGCAUACAAAAAUUUAAAGAUUGUUGUUGAGAUACAUAGUGAUAUAUAUGCUCAAAUAGCAUAUGAACAAGAAUUUAAAAGGUGAUACAAGUCCAUUGGUGCACUGAAAGUGGUUAUUGAUAGAGGGUU